UGCAGGGAUUUUUAGAUCUCUUCUAGUACAUUACAGAGUUUGGCCUGAGACUGUUCCUCUCUUAAAACUAAAAAAAAAAUCUACAUCUUGACUUUGGUCUCCAUGGAUUGGGAUUACCAAGGUGACUGAGGGAGUGAAGAAAAAGAAAAGUUAAUCAUAUUGCAACCUCUCUUUUUUAAAUUCCAACGUUGGACCUAAUUUGGAAAAUUAAAUAAAAAUAUUUUGAAUUUCUAGAUGCUACAAAACAGCGGGGGAAGGGUAAAUAUAGAAUGAACUGCAGGAUUGUUUGAGUAAUGUAAGUUAAAUGUGAUUGUUUUUGCUUGAAACCCAAUUAUAUUUGCAGAUUUAUUCAGGUAAGGAGUUAAGCUAUGACUUAUAAAAUGGCAUUUUAUUUAGUUACAAAGGAAUGCAUGAGAUUGUAGCACAAUUUGAAUGAUAAGUAGAAUGUCUAAAUGAUCAAGAUAUCUUUCAUCAUAUUAAAUUUGGAUUUUUAUGUCUUCGGUUUUGACCAUUGUAUAUUUUCUCAUUUAUUAUUGUGAAUAAUAAAAGUAAAACAUUAUCAAAAACCAUUUGGGAAGGCAAACUCUUUCCCAAAAGAAUAAUUAUUUGGUGGCAAUAUAAAAUUUAGAAUAAGUCACAUGAGUCUACUUUUAGACAUCCUAGUUCUUGGAAACCAUCAUGCGUGCAUUCCAAGAUUUGCUGAUCACCAUAGUUUGAGGUGAACUUGCCACACAGAGAGGAAAGCUCAGCUUAGUGGUGUAUGUUUUGACCGCGCUGAAGAAGUUCUGAUUUGCACUUUUCUGGCAAUGGCCACAGAAUCCAAUGAGCAUCUCUUGCUGGGGGAGCAGAUCACAAACAGUUCCAUCAAUGGAACCACCACAGAUCCUCAGGGAUCCAAUUCACUGGAGGAUAUAGCAGCCAUCUUCACCAUCGGGGCCAUCCUGUCCUUAAUGUGCCUGAUUGGAAUCACAGGCAAUGUCUACACCUUGGUGGUGAUGUGCCACUCCAUGAGGUCAGCUGCAUCCAUGUACACAUAUAUAAUCAGCUUGGCUCUGGCUGACCUCCUUUACCUGCUCACUAUUCCCUUCAUUGUCUGCACCUAUUUUAUCAAAGGCUGGUAUUUUGGGGAAGUGGGUUGUCGAGUCCUCUUCAGUCUGGAUUUCCUCACUAUGCAUGCCAGCAUUUUCACACUGACUGUGAUGAGCACCGAGCGGUACUUUGCUGUCCUCAAGCCUUUAGACACUGUCAAGAGGUCCAAGAGCUACAGGAAAGCCAUUGCCCUCCUGGUGUGGGUGGCCUCCUUUAUUCUCACAUUGCCAAUGAUCAUAAGCAUUCAGCUGGUGAAAAUUGGUGAUAAGAAUAUCUGCCUCCCAACUUUGAGCCCACUCUCUAAUAAGACAUAUAUCUCCUUCCUCUUCUGCACCAGCAUUGUUGCCCCUGGCGUGAUCAUAGGCUACCUCUACAUCCGCCUGGCAAGGACUUACUGGAUCUCCCAGACAGCCACCUUCAAGCAAACCAAGAAAUUGCCCAACCAAAAGGUCCUCUAUCUAAUCUUCACCAUUGUUUUACUCUUCUGGGCAUGCUUCCUGCCAUUCUGGAUAUGGCAACUUUUAGACCAGUUCCAUCCUUCCUUCCCUAUUUCCUCCAAGGCUAAGAAGAACAUUAAUUACUUGACUACCUGCCUGACAUACAGUAACAGCUGCAUCAAUCCCUUCCUCUACACACUGCUCACCAAGAACUACAAAGAAUACCUACGGAAACGACAAAAGGCCUGGGCCACUAGCAGCUAUUUCAACCGCAGGAACCGUUUCCAGAGGUCCCCUCGCAGAUCCCUGUCAUCCAGCAGCCAGCACUGUACCGAGACCUUUGUGCUGACACACAUUGCCGGAGGUAAAAACAGUUUCUGAGGAGCACCUGGGGGAGAGGUAGCGAUGCGUCUCUCAUUGACAACACUCCACGCUCUUAUGCACCUAAUAAGCCAAUGGACUUGCUCAGCAAGAAGACAAUACUCUGGUCAACGCAUUCUUCUCAGUCAUAUACUGUAACUCAAAAAAGCAUCCAUUGCCAAUUGGGGAAUAGCAGUAAUUGCAUUAACGACAUUUCCCAAUAAUUCCUGCUAGUGACAUAUCCUAAACUCAAGGGAGUACAGCCAAAAUCUGUACUAUAGAGAGACACCUGUGCUCCAAUUAAGCACCUGGAACCUCAGAAAUCUAAAUGUUCUUACACGAUUCUUUUAUGGGAAAUAUAUACUGUACAGUAUAUAUACUUGGCACCAACAAAGUAUUUUGUGUUGAAGUCUCAUGAAAUUAUUAUAUAGUAUGUGUACAUAUUUUGCAGCUUUUGCAGGAAGACUGGUGGUUUUUAUCAUUUUCAUAAAAAGUUAAAAAAUCCACAGUACAACGUGAAAGAAGCAAUGCAAAGGUUUAGGAUUGUUUUGCUAUAGUAUGUUACAAAUAUGAGACAGAAAAAAAUGGUCCAAAAACAUUCUGGAUGUCUUGCAAUGCCCCCAUGAAGAGUUUCAUUAAAAAAUAUGAGUGAAUUUUGACUAUUGCUACAUGUAAAGUGGAUAGUUGUUUUGUCACUAAAUUUGCACUCAUAAUUGCCUCACAAUUGUUUUACUGUACAAACACAGGAAAGCAAAGUAAUUGCAAUUUACUGUGACUUCUAGUUAGAUGACAACACUAACUGUUUUUUGCCUGGUUGUUAAUUUUAUCUUUUAAAUAUGUUAUUGUCUCUGUUGCAGACACUAUAAAUCCAGAGGGACAAUUUAUAUUUAUAGUUGACUUACAGUACUUCAUUCAUUAUUGUUAAGACACAAAACAAGUUGUAUGAAAAGACAUAUC